GGGUUUAACAGUCAGCACUGACUCUGUUCUACUUUUUUCAAGACCACAACGAACAGUUUUCUGUUAGUGUGCCGAUAAUGUUUUUUUAAAGCUUGGAGAUUAUCAAAUUCACAAAAUGUACAGAGGACUGCUAUUUAUGAUUGUCAUAUGGAGUGUGACCGGCUUCAACAUUCAUAUAACUCCCGUGAAGAAUUUCACAAAUGAUGAUCCACUGUUUGGUCAAAUCAUUAUUCAAUCAAAAGAUGGAGUUUUUGUUCCUUCCCCAAAAACUGGAAAACUUUUUAGAUGUACUUUAGAGAAUGAAUGCAACGAAGUGAAUUCUGAUGAUAAAAAACCUACAGGCCUGAGACCAGUAGCAUCAGUAUCUAGCCUGACAUCAUCAAAAAAGGAACAACUUGUUAUGAUGUGCAAUCAAGUUCGCGUAAAGAAGUCAGUAACUGAGGAUUUGAAUGGAGAUUGCAAACUGAUGAAUGAUGCUGGAAAAGUUAUUGAAAAGCCAAAUCUUGAAAAACUCAACAGCAACAACAACAACCAUUACUAUCAAGGUGGAAGGAUCGAUAAAGUUAAACGGAGGAGGAGAAGAGACGCCCAGCUUGAUAGUGACACGGAUGAAGAUGAGGAUGAUGAUGCUGGAACAGAGAUUGCUUUUGUGCUGGACGGCUCUGGUAGCAUUCAUGCUGACGACUUUCAGAGAGCCAAAGACUUCAUGUACAAUGUCAUGUCCAAUGUUUGGAACACAUGUUUUGAUUGUAACUUUGCAAUAGUGCAAUAUGGCAGUAGGAUCAGGACAGAGCUCUCACUACUGGACAAUGAGAAUGGUGCCAGAUCGUUGCAAAAAGUCAAAGAAAUACAACAAAUUUUCAAUCUCACAAAGACCGCCUCAGCUAUCCAUCAUGUCCUUACAGAUACUUUCCUCCCUGAGAAUGGAUCAAAAAUUAACUCCAAAAAAAUUAUUAUUGUAAUGUCUGACGGAGAAAUUUUGGGAGACCCAAUGAAUCUUACUGAUGUUUUGAACAUGCCACAAAUGAAAGGUGUCACUCGCUAUUCAAUAGGAGUUGGUGACGGCAUUCUGACAAAACCUAAAGCAAUACAAGAGAUGAAAGACAUAGCAGAUCGUGGCAAAUUUUACAAUGUUUCCAGUUAUGCUGCAUUAGAUGACAUUCUGUCAUCACUGCAACAAAGUUUAGUUGGAAUUGAAGGCACUCAGCAAGGUGCGGGAUUUCAUUUCCAGCUUUCCGAAGCUGGAUUCAGCUCCCAUUUCAUGCAGGACAAUUCUUAUCUUUUUGGAGCAGUUGGAGCCUAUGACUGGAGUGGUGGAGUCAUUUUGCAAUCUGAUAAAACCGUGAAAUUCUUAAAUGACUCUAAUAAUGGACCCAAAUUUUCCUAUUUAGGUUACAGUGUCACUUCUGCUAGUGUAAACCAGGGUAAAACACUCUACAUAUCUGGUGCACCACGGUAUAACUUGACUGGUGGAGUAUUUAUUUUUGAUGACUCAGAACACAAGUAUGUGCUUCACGGAGAUCAGGUUGGAUCUUACUUUGGAUCAGUUCUUUGUGCCUUGGACAUUGAUAGGGAUAAAUACACAGAUUAUCUAUUAGUUGGAGCACCACAUUUCCAUCGAAAUGGAGAAGAAGGCAAAGUGCUAGUGUACAGAUUUAAUCAGGACAGGUUUGAGAGUGUGGCCAUGGAGCUGCAGGGUGAUGCAGGACAGACCUUUGCCAGGUUUGGUGCAGCCAUUGCCUCGAUAGGAGAUAUUGAUGGGAACAGCUUCAAUGAUGUAGCAGUCGGUGCUCCUCUGGAAACAGAUUCCUCUGGAAGUAUUUACAUUUACAAUGGAUUCAAAGAGGGGCUUCGGUUUUCACAAAAAAUUUCACCCUCAGAUUUUGGAAUGAAACUUGUGCACUUUGGUCAGUCAGUUAGUGGUGUACCUGCUACAACAUCAAAUAAAGCCUCCAUCGCCGUUGGUAGUCAAGGGGGAGUGUUUGUUUUUGAGACUAUCCCUGUCAUGGUUAUCAAACCAGCUAUAACUAUUACACCGGACGUCAUUCCUCUCGAUCAACAGGUGCAUGAAAUAUCCAGCAAGUUUGAAAUAAAGUUUGGUAUAUGCUUCAAUGUGAUUAAAGGAAAACUUGAAAUUUUAGAUGAACUUCCUAUUCUGUACCAAAUUGACUUGGAUUCUGGUGCAAACAAAAAGCGUCUCACUGCUGAUAGCAAAGAUCCCUUAACAGAAACCUUCAUCUUGAAACCAGAUACAGAGUGCACUUCUGUCAACCUAAAAUAUUUGGGCUGUUUUGACUGUUUUUCAUCUAUUAAAAUCAAGCUGAAUUUUUCCUUGAACCUCACCAAAAAAGCCCCUACACGAAUUCUUGAUGCAUUUACUCCAACAGAGGUGGUAGAGAAGAUUUCCUUUAAAAAGGAUUGCACAGAUUGUAAACCAGAAAUUACAUUAUCUGAUUCAAAAAUUAGUGAAACUUUGAUCAUAAUCGGAGAAACUCAAAGCUUGAAUCUCAACAUCAAUCUUGUAAACACUCAAGACCCUUCCUAUAUGACCACCCUGACUUUGACCUUCCCCAGCAUACUCAGUCAGAGGAAAAUAGAAGGUGCCACCUGUCCCGUGAAGAACGACAAUCAGAUAGAGUGUAAUCUUCAACACCCCAUUUUCAAAAGAGGCGCACAGACCAACCUUUUCAUCUCAUGGCAGAUCAACAAUGUAAAAUCUGAGUUGAAGAAUUCUGAGAUUAUUGCUAAUCUAACCAGUCAGAAUUCUGGCUCUGAAAUUCUGGACUUUAAAGAAUAUGCGUUUGAUGUGAUGUAUUCGCUGCCAAUCCAGCUAACUGGUACAGCCUCCCCAAACAGACUUCGUAUUGAAGAAGGGGAAAAAGGAGCGACUCCACCGUUGAAUUUUUCGUUUCAGUUUGCAGGUGAAAAUAAGUAUGGCGCUGCAAUCAAUGUAGUUGUAAACAUAACAAAGAACACCUUGAAAACUGAUUUGAAGAUCAUUAGUGUCGAACCAAAAGAGGAGUGUGAUUUUCAAGAAAAUACUAAAGAGGGAUCCAAUACCAUCAAUUGUACCAUGACAAAGCUGCAGGAAAUCCUCAUUAUUACCAAAGUUUCGAUACAUGAUGUUCAGGGCAAAUCAGACAAGAUCACUGCCGUAGGAACAUACAGCUUUGAUGAGAAGGUCUAUGCUGCAAAGAACACUUCGAGGACCAUUCCGGUGGAGGUUAUCAUUUCAAAGCUGCAAGUGACGACAUCUACAGGUCCCAUCAUUGGAGGAUCCAUAGGAGGAUUUCUGCUCCUUUUCAUCAUCAUUAUCGUUCUCAUUAAGUGUGGCUUCUUCCGUCGUCGCCGUAAGUUGGACCAAGUACAGAGUCCAAACUGAAGAAAGGCACAGCCCAGGAGGGACCAUAUAUUACAAAAUAUCUUGCUUAAAUUUCAAAGUGUCAAAAAUGAUUGUAAAGUGACGUUAUAAUCUUGUUUUUUUCAAUGUUGUAUUAAGAAGAAGCUUUUUAAUGCUUGGUAUUAUUUAAUAUUGUAUAUACAGAAAGAAUGAAAUAUAAAAUCUUUUUCUAAAUAAAUUUAAAUCCUAAAUAUCCGACAAUCAAAGGACUUGCAGCCAUAUCCCUGCAUGGAAGUCAUUUGUUCAAGAUUUAAUGAGAUACCAAAGAUCAUUUUAAGAUGAAUUUUAAGAGAAACAUCCAAAACAUUGUUGAUUUUAUGAUCCAUAAUUUAUGACAUAUAUAGCAAGACACAUUUGUAAACCAAUUCAAUUGCAUGAAAAAUAAAGAUAUUUUUGUGGUUA